AUGUUAACAUUUUCAAAAAAAUUUUUAUUCAGCUCAAAAAAAUUAUAAAGUUGCUACAUCGUAGCUGCUAAAAGAACUCCAAUAUAUCCUUACUUAGGAAAAUUAGCAAAAUUUAGAGCUCCAGAUUUGGCAGGAUUUUCUAUUUAGAGUGCAAUUAGAGAUAUUAAAUUAUAGCCUGACUAAAUUGAUGAAGUAUUUUUAGGAGUUGCUUUACCUGCCAUGAUAGGAUAAAAUCCAGCAAAGUAAGCAGCUUUAUUAGGAGGUGUUGAUAUAGAAGUUCCUUGCAGCACUGUUAAUAAAGCUUGCAGUUCUGGAUUAAAAUCUGUUAUAGUAGGUGCAAAUAGUAUUAAUGUUGGCUAUAAUCAAUGCGUAGUCACUGGUGGAUUUGAAAGUAUGUCAAAUGUUCCUUUCUACAUGUACCAAUAAAGAAGAGGAAAGUAAUUCGGAGAUUCAAAGUUGCUAGAUGGUAUUUUAAAUGAUGGUGUUUAAGAUAAGUAUUCAGAAUAACCUUUGGGUUAUUUAGCAGAAUAGCUUUGCAAAAAUAUGAAAUUCUAAAAACAAACUGUUGAUGCUGUGGCUAUCGCUUCAUAUGAAAGAGCAAUCGAAGCUAGAGAUAAUGGAUUCCUUGCAAAAUAAAUAUCACCAAUAUAAUAUCACGAUGGACAAGGAAAAGUUUUUAGCAUUAAAGAUGAUGCUAAUCUUGAAUAAUAUGACUAAGAAAAAAUAUUGAAUGAUACAGCUUUUUAUGCCAAAGAAGGGAUUAUCACUUAAAGCAAUCAAAGUAAUUUUGCAGAUGGAGCUGCAACAUUAAUAUUGAUGAGUGAGGAGAUGGUAAAAUAAUUAAAUAUAAAGCCAUUAGCUAGAAUUUUAGGUUAUUAGCAAGUCGAAAAAGAGCCUUUAGAGUAUGCUAUGGCAAGUGUUGAAUCAUGCUCUUAGUUAAUAAAACAAGCAAAUAUCAAAACAUAAAAUAUAGAUUUAUUCGAAAUCAAUGAAGAUUUCCCUUCUACUGUUCUUGCUCAUUUAGUAAACUUAGAUAUUGAUUACGAAAAAGUUAAUGUAUUUGGUGGUACUAUAGCAUUCGGCAAUCCUUUAGGCAUGACAGGAGCUCGUUUAUUGGUUAAUUUAGUCUAUGGUUUAAAAGAAAAAAAUGGAAAAUAUGGUAUUGCAUCUUUAGGAAAUGCAGGUGGUGGUAGUACCUCUGUUUUAAUAGAAAAUUUAUAAUGA